GGUGGUGCUGCUGGCAGUGGCGGUUGCUGGAGGUGGUGCGUUGCUGCUGGCACUGCUGGUGGUGUCAGUGCUGCUGGUGGUGCUGCUGGAGCUGGUGGAGCUGGUGGUGCUGGUGGUGCUGGUGCUGGCUCAGCCCGUAGGCAGCUGCCCAGGCUCUGCCGCUCCUUGGGGCUCGGCUCCUCAGUUCGCAGCUGGCACCCGGCAGCGCCUGCCAAGUCCUGCUGGCCACCGCUCCCCGGGGAGAGGCGAGGCAAGGCAAGGCAGAGCACUGCCCGCUCCCGCUGGGCCAUGAAGAGGUGGUGGUUCCUGCGGAGGAGGAGGGCGCGGGAGGGGCCCCCCGUGUCCUCCGGGAGUGGCGGUGGUGACCAGCUCCAGACGGAGGGCCGGGAUGAGCUGCGUCCAGAAGCCGUCAGGGAGAGCAAAAGCUCUGGAGGGCAGGCAGAAGAUGUCAGAGCCCAAAUGCUGAAGACGGCAGGGUUGGAUUCAUCCCUUUCCCACCCGAGCCCUGGAAGUCAUCAGACAUCAGAAAAUGUCGAUGUGCAAAUGUUAAUAAGAAAAUGUGAGCAAUGGCUUAGAGAGCAUGAGCGCAUAUCUCAGGUGCUGCAAGAUAACAAGAGCUUGUCUCAGCAGUUGAGCAAAGCUGAAAGAAAAGCUCGCAGGCUGGAGAAGGAAGUGGAGCAACUGAAGAAAGCCCUCUGGGAAAAGGCAUUGGCUUUAGACAUGACAGAAAGAGAAUUACGUCAGGCCCAGAAGCAGGCAAAGGAGCGGCAUGCUCUACACCUUGAGAAAGAUCAAGAGAGAAAAGAUGCCGUCAAGAAGGCAGAAGGGCUGCAGGAACAACUGGCCCAGCUCCAAAGUGAAAACCAUUUACUCCGGCAGCAGCUGGGAGAUGUAAACAAGAGCACCCAAAUACGAAUGAGAACAGUGGGACAGCUGCACAGAGAGCUCGCUGACGCUUGCCAGAAGCAGUGGAUAGCAGAAACGUCACUGAAAGCGGCUACACGCCAAUGUGAUUACCUGAAGCAAGAAAACUCCCACUUGCAAGAGGACUUGCACAAGGCUAAAGCCGAGCUGUGCGACCUCUCCGCGCGGCUGGAACUGGAGUCCCAAAAUGCUCUGCACCUCGAAGCUGCAAACCAGGAGCUGCAAGGGCUGGUGGCUCUUCUGCCACAUCGCUUGGCCACUCCAGGGGUGGGUCAUCCCCCAACAGCGCUUCAUGGAGGAGAGUGUGAGCAGCGAGCGCAAGAAGAAACGAGAGAGAAGCAACAUCUCGGGGAGCUUUUGCAGACUCAGGCAGCCGCUCAAGCCAAAACAGAAGAGGCCAACACCACUGACGCUUCUUGGAGAAAGCUGCUGGAGCAGAGAAUGAAAGCUCAGGAAUUGGACCUGGAGAGAGCACGGAGCCUGCAGGAGGCGACCGCACUGCAACUGGCGUUGGUGCAGGCAGAACUAAAAAGCUCCGAAAAGCGUUAUUUGGCGGGCCGCAAAAUUAGAAGCUGCCUCUCAAAGAAACUAAAAAAGGCUAAUGAGACGCUGGCGGAAGCCAGUGCUGAGAGCCGUCAGGAGCAGCAGCGCAGACUCGUCAGUCGCAAGGCCAAGAGCCUGAGCCAGAGCAGGGGACAGAGCGGAAACCCAUCGGGCUCAGUCACUGGUGAACAUGAAACCGGAUCUGCUGGGGAUUCUCCCUGGACGUCUCCUGCUCUUCCGCCAAAUUGAAACAAAGUCCAGGCUAUCCCCUUGCAGGGCAACACCGCCCGAUCGUGAUGCUCUGAGAACAAGUAUU